AUGCUAGCUCCAAACUAUAUCUCUCCUAUACCGCCAGAUCCUUGUAUAGAGACUGUAUCGAGCUACUCCCCUAGCGAGGUCCCAUCCAGUGGUGGUCACGGAACUCUGGAGAUUCUAGAAGUCACUCGAUACUUGGAAACCCAUGGAGUGGAGUGCUGUAUUGUUGCAGUCUCAGCAUUAAUAUUUUAUGGAGCUGGACGGACACGAGACGAAUGGGAUCUCUGCGUCCCAGACGACAAAUUGAACGAAGCAGUCUCCCUCCUCACAUCCGAAUACAUGCAAACGAAAAUACGAACUGAACCUCCAAACCCAAUACCACAACCCUCAUCUCUAAGCCACACCUACCACCGCUUCAAAGGCGUAGGCAUCCACUUUUAUUUCGUCCUCGUCCCAGCCUACGACGUCCACAUCCCCAGCAAUCCAUUCCAACUACAACGCAGCUUAAACGGCCUCCCUUACCCCACAUUACCAGUAUUGAUACAAAGCUUCCUGGACACGAACGACGACGUCGCCCUAUGCGACUGCAUCGACGGUUCGGACGUAUCUGAGGAGUGGGGACUACGCAAUUUAAAGCUGGACGGGACCAAUGAUCUCGAGUGGACAAAACGGAUGAAUGACAGAGCUACCGAUGCUGCAAGGGGGAAGGGGUGGCUGUUCAUCCACUACUUCCCCACUUCAACUAUAAGCAGGCGGGAGAAGUGGGAAUCAAGGGUCCGUAAUAAGAAAGCCAGACUAGGCUGGACAACGCCGGAAGAACUUUUCGAUACGCGAUUCCGUCUUAAAGGAUCACCGGACCCAUGGACUCAGAAACGUAUAUCAUGUUAG